UCUCCCUUGCAUAUAUAUAUCAGCGAUAAGUGGCAGAACUUUCCUGGCAGCCAAAAUGAAGGGUCUUGUCUCAGUCUGCUGUUUUCUCUCUGUGCUGCUCCUUGCAAUUGCAGAAGAAGAUGAAGAUUUCGUAGCAACUGUUCUUAGAGACCGAGCCCAUAUAGACCAAACACUAAGACUGCAGGAGGAUGCCCCCACGGAUGACUACUCGGUUGUACUCCAGCGCCUGCGUAAGAUCUACCACUCGUCUAUUAAACCACUGGAACAAGCCUACAGGUACAAUGAACUGAGGCAGCAUGAGAUCUCAGCAUAUCCUGGACGAACCCUGGGUGCUUCAGCAACAGAUGGAGAGAUCACCUCUAAGCCGAUGGUGUUAUUUUUGGGUCCAUGGAGCGUUGGCAAGUCCACCAUGAUCAACUACCUCCUGGGGCUGAAAGACACUCCUUACCAGCUUUACACUGGGGCAGAACCAACCACUUCAGAGUUCACAGUGAUAAUGCACGGAGAGAAGAUGCGUACGAUUGAAGGAAUUGUCAUGGCAGCUGACAGCGCACGCUCCUUCUCACCACUGGAGAAAUUUGGCCAGAAUUUCUUGGAGAAGUUGGUUGGAAUUGAAAUGCCUCAUAAAUUGCUUCAAAGGGUCACAUUCGUAGACACUCCUGGCAUCAUAGAGAACCGUAAACAGCAGGAAAGAGGUUACCCAUUCAAUGAUGUCUGCCAGUGGUUCAUCGAUAGGGCUGACCUCAUCUUUGUGGUCUUUGACCCAACCAAGCUCGAUGUGGGCCUGGAACUUGAGAUGCUCUUUCGCCAGUUCAAGGGACGGGAGUCGCAGAUUCGCAUCAUCCUAAACAAGGCCGACAGCCUAGCCACUCAGGAUCUCAUGAGGGUCUAUGGCGCCCUCUUCUGGAGCUUAGCGCCCCUCAUCAAUGUAACUGAACCACCACGUGUGUAUGUCAGCUCCUUCUGGCCUUACGAUUAUGCACCUGACACUAGCAGGGAGCUCUUCAAAAAGGAAGAGGUCUCUCUUCUAGAGGACUUGAACCAGGUGAUCGAGAACAGGCUGGAGAACAAAAUUGCCUUCAUCCGACAGCAUGGCAUUAGAGUUCGCAUCCAUGCACUGCUGGUGGAUCGCUAUCUCCAGACCUUCCGUGACAAAAUGACCUUCUUCAGUGACCCUGAGCUGGUGUUCCAGGAGAUUGUGGAUGAACCUGAUAAGUUUUACAUCUUCAAGUCCAUUCUGGCAAAAACCAACGUCAGCAAGUUCGACCUGCCGAAUCGCGAUGCCUAUCGUGACUUCUUUGGCAUCAACCCAGUUAACAAUUUUAAGCUACUCACGGCGCAGUGUUCGUACAUGGGAGGCUGCCUGCUUGAGAAGAUUGAAAAGGCCAUCACCCAUGAGCUCCCAGGGCUCCUGGGGAGUAUCGCUUCAGGGAAGAACCCAAAUCUGACUUCCUGUGAAGCCACCGGCUGUGGAGAAACACCAAAGAACCGCUACAAGAAGCACUGAUGAGAGAAAGGGGGAUGGGGGAGGGGGGUAAGCGGAGGAAGACACGGGUUUGAGAAGAGUGGUUAGAAGGUAGCAGGGGUGGUAAUCGUUUCUGUCCCAAAAAAAAAAAAAAAAAAAUAUAUACAGGAAUAAAUCAUUUUUAAAAGAACGGCAUAUUCAAUAAGGCAUCCCUCCUUCUCUCUACUCGCAGUGACAGAGGACGGACUUUCAGGGAACACAAACUCCGGUUCACAUUGGUAGAAUGGGGACGAAUGUGCUGGGCUUGCAUCUCCUGUCGUGUUUUUCUAGCCGAGGUGCGUAAAUGGCAGACGACUGCAUUUGUCACUUUAGGAGUUGCACUCGUAGCUUCUGUUUUUCUUCUUCUUCUUCUUCUUCUUCAACAGUACAAAACUCUACAGGCGUAUACUGUGAAGCCUGCCGAGCUAACAGAGCCAGGGCACGACGUUUUCUUCUCCAUUCCAUUCUUUGAUAAUUCAGGGCUCAAGUUGGUUCUGGGAUUGAGGCCCAAGUCCAUGCCACUUGUGAGUGAUAUGUCACUGCAUGUCACUCUUACCCGUUCGGUUACACAGUGCCGACAUGACAGAUUUGUAAGAGGCACCAUACAGGCUGACAAUACCUAAUAUUGGCCCAGUGGGAGACCCCCAAAGGCUGGCUCAGGAUAAAGACCGGGUAAUGCUGGGGUGUCCCCCUGGAGGAGCUGCUUUGUCCAGUGCAGCUUGUUCCCAGAGCAAUGAACUUCGGCGGUGACAGUCGUAUCAUAUGACAGUUCAACUCUGUGCUCAGUAAGCAUGUCAGGCACAUUCAUCCACGACUUCUAAUAGGAUAGCCCACCGCUUAGAGAGACAGACAGAGAACGUAAUCUGAGACACGGAUCACAGAAUGUUCCUCUUAAGCUUACCGUCCGUAUCAACUCUCAAGUAAAAAUAUAAAACAAAUGUCACUGGUCUUAAAUGUGGUAAUGUUCCCAACCAUCGUUACGUCUCGUCAUCGUUGUUGUGCAUGAAGCAUCAAGCAUUUGCACCAUUCAGGUGCUAUGGAAAUAUCUUCUGCGUUAUUGCAAAGUUUGCUAAUAUCUUGUGGUUUGAGCCCACAGCUACACCAGUCGACGGCCACGAUUGCAGGCUGCAGUUCUAUUUCAGAGGGAAGAGGCCUGUUUGUAGGUGGCAAUCACAAGCUUCAAGUUUUAUGACAUUGAGAUUGUUGUGAAUUUAUUUUAUGUGGAAUGCAACUGAAGAAAAUUUCAAAAAUAAAAUCGAAAACAGAAUUUCAAAAUGUCCGGUAAAAAAAAAAAAAAUAUUGAAAAUUGCUUGAUACGUUCUUACGUAACGACAAUUGUGACCACUGACUUAAUGAAGAAUGUGGCUCUGGGAAUGUUGAGUGGUGCACACAAAUCCACAAAAUCAUUUGGAUCAAAGAUUUGUCACCGUUUUGAUGGCCGCCCACGGCUUGAUUAUCGAUAAAUGACUGGUUGAGUGACACUGUACUGUGGCGAACCCCGGCUAGUCCAUCAAGCUUGUCGUCUUUUACAACCAAUGCCUGUUUCGUGGCAAUAUGUCCUUUUUGUCCGUGGUCACAAAGGCAUCGGAGUUUGAGUCUGCCCGGCCCCUGCUGUUUUGAUAUGGCAAACUCUUUAUUACCGGCAUCCUCGAUUCAGUGACUCGCCCCUCGGCAACACUCGCCAGUAUGUUUUGCAGAGAGAACAUCGUUAGACGGAAAGCAGUUUUGGUUUAGAGGAAGACGUCUGUCACACCCUUGAUGCGGUAUACACUGGAAUUUAACGGUGACCCAUUCACGAAAGAUUAGAAUGAGAUGAAUGGAAUGGGAAAGCAAGUCUCAACUGUGCAGAUGGUCAAGGAAAGGAGAAAGAACGAAGACUCCAUGAAAAGCAUGAAAUGUGGGUGGAACUUAAUUUAGUACGGGGACAAAAGCAAAAGCAAUGGAGGUGUGAAUGAGCCCGUCAAGGGGCCUCACUGCGACUUCUCUUUGUUGGCGUAUCACCUGCGAGGCCAUCUCCAUUUCGCAGGUUAUUGAAAAAGCUUCAUUCGUCGAACAGGAAGGAAUUUCACCGAUCCAGAGAUACCGAGGUGGCGUGUGGGUGAAGUAUGCAGGCCUUUUCUCUUGAGCUUUCCUUGAAGUUGUUUAAGAGAAGAUUUGAGUCCAAGACCACCCAAAACUGCCACACAACCAGAUGUUUUCUCGUCACUUGCUCCAUCAACAGCUGAGAUUGUCGAGGGAGCCGUUUUCCCGCCGUCUGCUGUUCUCUGGUGUCAUCUUCUUCAGAGGCAUCCCCCACCUCCUCCAGCAUCCCUUUGUUCUUUGGGUUUCUUUUACUGUUUUCUGGUUUGCUAAAUUCUCAAAUUUCAAGUUACUGGGCCAAAGUGCCAGUCAUCUGGGCAAACGGGGGACAUCUCGCUGAAUGAGGAUGGCAUCUCUCUGCUUGUCUCCUGCAGCCUCAGCCAGAGGUGCCCUGACCAGGGUUCUUGUUGUCCAGAGUGAUUCCUUUUCAUGCAUUCAGACUUGAAUAUCUCGAUUGGCACUUUCGGUUAAACAGCUUAAUGUGACAACUGCCACAGGGAGAACCCAGGCCUGUAGGUGUCACCUCAUGGUGUCACCGAGUGCUCUUGCUAGAAGGGAAUUAAAAAACGAACAGGCGCAGCUGUCAAGCCGUCCACUGUGCCGCGGGUUGGUGUGUGCGCCCCUAACUCAUUGGAAACGCUUACUCUCCAGCUGUUUUAAUAAAAAUGAAUUUUCCAGUGAUGAACAA